AUGCUCUAUGUUGUUGGCUACGUUCUCGGAAUGGGGCUGAUGGCUUCGGCCGCUCUUCUGAAUUGUCAACGGAAAGCGAAACCGGUCGAAAGAUUGACGGGCAACGCGCAGAACAAGGGCUACAAGCCGGGGCAUCUGCCCGAAUUUGCGGUGAGUCGUUGCUUGUGUAAUUACUCAAGGGGCGGUAGUCGGGUUUUCUUCAAAUUUUGUUUGCAUAGACAAGCCAAAUGAGCUCUCAAUGACUGAAAAUUUUGGCUCGAUUAUUUUCCCCCUUUUUCAAAAUCCGCAUUUCCAAAUUUUCCCAAAUUUCAGGACCCUGAAGAGAAAACGACCGACACAUUUUACGGAAUCAAGAGUGCUCUCGCUUUUCCCCCCAAAAAUCCCGAUGGAACCCCGAUCGUGGCCGAGCCGAUCAAGGCGAAUUCCGCAGCAGUCGAUUCGAAGCAUCUAAAAUCAAUAAGCCCGGCACUUGUCCCAGUCCCUAAUCCUCCUGCAAAAUAA